AUGGAUUUCAGUUCACUAAACCCAAUUACGUCGAAUUCAUUAAAUCUCGCUGCCAGAAACAACGACACGGCAUCAGUUAAACGUUUGCUUAAAAAGAUGAAUCCAAACUGUAUCGACAACCGAGGCUGGACCUGUCUUCACGAAGCUGCGGCCAGCGGUAGUUACGAGAGUUUAUUGCUUAUUUUAAAGCAUCCCGAAACGCGGCCGCUCGCUGAAACCCACGAGGGACACACCGCUUUAUACCUAGCCUGUUCUCACCAAUCCUCUAUUCCAUUGAUAAAAGCUUUACUUGACCACGUACCUGACAUAGCAAAUUAUGGUAGCACUGAAAGUGUAACACCGAUGCAUGUUUGUUGUGGACAGGGCAGGGUUGAUGUUUUACAGCUGUUAAUAGACUAUAAUGCAAUGAUAAAUGUUCAAGACUUUGAUGGUGACACACCACUGCAUGAUGCUGCCUUGAGCACACGGCAUGAGGCAGUCUCUUUGCUCCUACAUGCUGGAGCAGACCCAGAGAUAAGGAAUGAAGUUGAUUAUACACCUUUUCACUUGGCUUGUUACAAAGGUUGUCUCCAAACAGUACAAAAUAUUUUUCCCUUCACCACAAAUAUUAACCAAGUGACUGUGAAUGGUGACAGUCCGUUAAUACUUGCUGCACAAGGGUGUAAUGCGGAAAUUGUGACCUUUCUACUAAAAAAUGGUGCAGAUCCUCAUAUCAAAAACCAAUAUGGCGAUUUAGCUAUAACAGUGGCUUUGAAUAUGGGAUAUAGCGAUAUCUUUAACAUAUUGUUAGCUGUAAUGGAUGUGAAUAAGAUACCAUUAAAUAUUAUAUUGUACGCUUGUAAACCACAUUAUUUCAAGUUGGAAAUACUUGAAAGUCUCCUAACACACAAUUUGGGCCCAGACUACUUUGAUUUCUUUGAAACAUUUCAUGUGACAUUAGAGAAGAUUGGGGAUUUGAGGCCAACUUAUCUUACAAAUGCACCUUUGAAUUCAUAUUUGAAUAUAUGCGAAUAUAUAUACAGCACCUCUGUGGAGAAGUUUAGAGAAUUUUUUAAUUUAUUCCUAUUAAGAGGUUUAGCAGUGAACGCCUUAGAUGUGAAUGAAUGUCCACCACUUGUUUAUAUACACUAUUGUAUGCAUUCUGUAUGUUUUGAAGAGGUCUUUAGGCUACUUAGGGAUUAUGGUUGCAAUGUUGACUACUGCAGUGCUAGCUCAUGCAUAGAUAAGGAGAAAUGUGUUCCUGAUGCCUUUCUUGCAUCCCUAACAUCAGAUCCAGCCACUGCACCAAUAAUGUUGCCAUUUAGUUUGUACUGUGAACCAGGGUACUUGCUAAGAUUUGCAUCGGACAAUGGUGUUUUGGGAAGAAUACCACAAAAUGUACAAGACAGAUUAGUAUCAAUGAUAGGCACCUUUAAAGACGGGACCACAGCAGAAACAUUACCAUUUACAGCUUUGCCAUUAAAACAUUUAUGUAGAGUUAAAAUAAGGUGUCUUAUAAGACAAAGCAACAAAACAUUAAAUACUCCAAAAUUCUUUGAUAUUUUAAAUAAACUAAGACUACCUCUAUUGAUUAAAAAUUAUUUGCGGUAUAUUUGA